AUGGAUUACCAGAACCGAGCAGGCUCCAAAUUCGGCGGCGGCGGUGUCGCCUCCAAAUCCGCCACCAAUGCCGACCGUCGCGAGCGGCUGCGCAAGCUCGCCAUGGAAACAAUCGACAUUGAAAAAGACCCCUACAUCUUCAAGAACCACCUGGGCACAUUCGAGUGCCGACUCUGUCUGACAGUACACCAGAACGACGGCUCAUACCUCGCCCACACGCAGGGACGCAAGCACCAAACGAACCUCGCCCGACGAGCGGCGCGCGAGGCGCGCGAAGGCAAGACCCAGGAUGGAACUAUGCCCGGCGUUGCAGGCGUUCAGGUCAAGAAGCAGCUGAUCAAGAUCGGCCGGCCCGGAUACAAAAUCACCAAGAUUUUGGACCCUCUGACUCGCCAGCAGGGCUUGCUGUUCCAGCUGCAGUUCCAGGAGAUCACGCCCGGUGUUACGCCCCGUGUGCGCUUCAUGUCAGCUUUCGAGCAGCAGGUUGAGACGCCCGAUAAUAAGUACCAGUACUUGGUUGUUGCUGCGGAGCCUUACCAGACUUGUGCGUUUAAGCUGCAGGCUAGGGAAAUUGAUCGCCGGGAUGAACGCUACUGGACUUGGUUUGAUGAGGAUAGCAAGGAGUUCUGGAUUCAGGUUAUGUUUAAGACUGAGCGGGAGGAAAUCUUCAGUGGUGUGCCUGGUCUAGCGCCCAUGCAGGCCUAA